GAAAGCCGGUUCUUGCAUGCUAGCUGUUAAUUCUUCCCCUGGCCGGCUACAUAUAUACAUAUACUGUUGCAUACAAGAGUUGAGAAGUACAAAGCGUGUAGCUACCUAUAGGUAAACAAGGUAGUAUUUGGUUGCAGGAUGUCGUCAUGGGUGGUGGACAUGGAGAAGAAGGUCCAUGGCGCUGAGCCGGCGGCGAAGGUGGAGAAAUGGGGGAAGCACUGCAUCUUCCGCGUCCCGUUGCGCUUCAAGGUGGUCGAUGCUAGCGUAUACAAGCCGCAGACGGUGUCUCUGGGCCCAUUCCACCACGAUGACAAGGACCUGAAACCCAUGGAGGAACACAAACUGAGGGCCGUCCGUCACCUCCUCCUCCGGGAGAGCUGCAAGACCACCCUUGCCGAGCUCGUCGUCGCCAUUGAGGAGGUGGGCGAGGAGCUGGAGGACGCGUACAUGGAGCUGGGAGACGAGUGGCUGGGUGAGAACAGGGGCAAGUUCCUCGAGAUGAUGAUUAUGGACGGCUGCUUCUUGGUGGAGGUGAUGAGGACGGCCUUGACCCUGCCCCCCAGGACCAGGAAGGACAAGGACUCGGGCGAUCCCAUCUUCAGCCGACAUGGUAUCCAACACAUCAAGCCGUUCAUCCAGCGUGACAUGCUCAUGAUCGAGAACCAGCUGCCACUAAGGUUGCUCCAGAGGAUCAUCGCAGCGGAGAGUGGCACAUCACCGAGCACGGGUUCAAUAAACUCCAUGGUACUCAAGUUCCUGGAAACGAAAGAUACACUCGAAAGGGUCAACUUGGGCCUCCACCCGCUCGACAUCUACCGGAAGAGCCGGCUUAUGACGGGGACAAAGACAGAGACAAACGGUGACGGGCAAGGCCUACGCCACCCCCAAGGCCCCCUCAAGUUCAAAAGUUGGUUGUGCUCGUGGCUCAAGGGCCCCCAAAAUAAUAUUCAAAGAGACAGGGGCAUGGAGAUAGAGACGGAGACGCCACAUCUUUCCCAUCCCAACACGCCUUCGAAGAAAGCGGUGCCUCGAUCGGCGUUGAAAUUGUCCGAGACGGGAAUCCAAUUCGUGCCCAGCAAGACGGGUUGUCUCGAUGACAUCAAACUACACAACUGGAGGCUCAACAUGCCCAUGGUCCUAUUGGAUGACUCCACCGCCUACAAGUUCCACAACAUGAUGGUGUUCGAGGCGAUGCACGUCUACACCACCAACGAAGUGACGGCGUACGUGCUAUUCCUCAAGGACCUCAUCGACUCCAUCGAGGACGUGCACCUGCUGGUGAAGAAGAAGGUCCUGGAAAACGACCUCGCUGACGACGAUGCUGCCGUCGUGAGGCUCUUCAACGGCCUCACCAAGGACGUGUACAAGAACUGGGAGAGUGGGCCAUGCAAGGAGUGGGAGAACGUGAAGAACCACUACCGCACCAACCAGCUACGUGUCUUCCUCUAUAAGGCAUGGGCAUACCUCAACAACAAGUACUUCAAGAGCCCGUGGACGUUCCUCGCCUUCGUCACCGCCAUCCUGCUGGUCGUCGGAGACAUCGUGCAGACCGUGUAUGCGGUCAUAGGCUAUGAUCCUAAUGAGCCGGCCAAGGCAAAGCCCAAAAUAAAUUAAUCAGAAAAUGUUUCUCUUUUUCAUUUUCAUAUGUUUUUCUUUAACGAGAGAGAUGCUUUUGUCUUGGCACAUUGUUUCCCAAAGAAUUAAAGUGUAAGAAAGU